AGCAUUAUUGCUAAUCUUGUUUGAGAGUCUGUGAGACCGUUUCAGUGAAAGAGGAUGUCAGAAAUUGUAAAUUUGUCAUCAUCCCUGAGAUCUUUAAACCCAAAGAUCUCAGCUUUAGUUCCUCCAUACCUCCCUCGUCAAAUCUCGAGCUCUUUCUCUCAACCGAGGGAAUUCAAAUUUCAUUCCUUUCCCGAGAAAAUCUGUUUGGUAGCGGAGAGAAUCCCAGCAGUCGAUGCCCUGAAGCAGGACGGUGGCUUGCAAGAGCUCGAUGACUCUCCGGUGUCUGUUGAGCUCGGACCAAUCUGUGGCGAGAGCCACUUCGAUCAGGUGAUGGAGGAAGCUCAUAAGCUUGGUGAAUCAGUUGUAAUCGUCUGGAUGGCAGCUUGGUGCAGGAAAUGUAUUUACUUAAAACCCAAACUCGAAAAGCUUGCUGCUGAAUUCUAUCCAAGACUGCGGUUUUAUCAUGUUGAUGUCAACGCUGUGCCAUACAGACUUGUUUCUCGUGCAGGAGUUACGAAAAUGCCAACAAUACAGCUAUGGAGAGAUGGCCAGAAACAAGCUGAAAUUAUCGGCGGCCAUAAAGCGCAUUUUGUGGUUAACGAAGUACGGGAGAUGAUAGAGAACGAUUCAGUCAGUUGAUAUUCACAGUCUCAAGACUCUGCUCUCUUUUCCUCUGAUUGUUCUUAGUUUUUUGGGUCCCUUAUAGAACGUCCAGUCACGUGACUAUUCUCUUCUCUUGAUGGAAGUUUGGUCUUGUUUUGAUCAGUUUUGUAACUGGAGUACGUAAUAUGUAUAGUAAAAUGCACUUAGUAAAACAUUCACACGACC